CAACAGGACAUAAUCUCUUGACGAGUCUUUUUUCUGAGCCCCAAGUACAAUUUCUCAUUUCCUUCCCAGAGAUAAAGAUGGAAAUAGAAAUGGAAUCGCGAAAUGACAUCCACCUGGACCUACCAUACACCGAUGACGCCAUUUUCGCUCCCGAAGAUAAGUCUUACAUGGAUUUGCUCGAGUUUUUCGACGCCAGCGACAAAGAAUCGGAAGUUCAAGGACAAUUGAAUCGGUCGAGGCGCAUCCAGAGCAAACACGAUCUUGAAACUCAUAUGCGCAACGACAGCUUCGUCAGGAGAAUAGCUAUCGUCUACCAACCAUUUUCUUGGGCGCCGUUGGAUGUCUCCAAAAGCAUGAUCCAUAGGCUUUUGACUCUUGCGAAUGCCAUGCGUGACGUUUGGGACAUUGUCCUAUCCUUUAGAGCUCAGAAUACCGAGGUCGAGGAAGCGUUUUCGCCUUGCUCGUGGAGGCGACACAGAGCCAUGAGGGAAACAUCAUACAUCUUCAAAUACCCCGAGCGCAAGGCUUUGGGUAAAGGAAAUGUCACUUGGGUGAUUCGACAGAUAGGCCUAUAUCACCAAUACAGCCUCGAAUCGGAAAAAAACACAUGGUUAUUAAUCUUUCCAAACCGCCAAUCGUACUCUCUCGAUCGAGUAACAGAAAUCAUGGACCUGGACGAGCACCCCCUUCAACCCCACCUCUGCUGGCAGUCUGCGCACAUACAAAAUUGGAGAUGGUACAUGGUUGACCUUGAAAAAGAGUUCCACGAACUAGCUAUGGACAUCCUGAAUGUGGAAAUCGAAGAAACCCUGGACUUCAAGACAACAUACGACCAGCUCUCCUCCCUUCGCUACAUCGAGACGAGGCUUUCACCCUUGGAACCCAUUCUCUCCUCAUAUGAGCGUGUUUUCAACGAGUUGGGCUUUUCAAAUGCGGAACUGCGAGAGCGCCGUCGAAUAUCGGAGGAGUCGGCAAAUGAGUUUUCAGCAACCUUGCGGAAUCUCCUCAUCCAGAACCAGGCGUUGAUGUCAAAUGUGAAACAUCUGCUCUCACGCGUACACAGCACAAUUCAAGCAGCCUCGGGUACGAUCAGCCUGAAGAGUCAGAAUACCACCGAGCAAAUGUCGAACCACAUGCUAGGAGAUAGCGCAUCCAUUCGUGUCAUCACUGCGGUUACCUUAGUGUACCUUCCAGCGUCUUUUGUAUCGGGAUUUUUUGGUAUGAGCUUCUUCGACGCCCGCGAUGAUUCGGGCUGGUCAGUUGUGCCAUCAGUAUGGAUUUAUUUCCUCGUUGCUAUCCCAAUGAGUGUCUUGACAUUGAUGUAUUGGAAAUGGAGAUCCCAAAGGUGUCUAAGGAUGAAUGUAGAUGUAUUACCUGUAUAG